AACCAAACAAUAAGAGGAAGGUAUGAUGAUCACGACUGGAACGUCUUUGAUCAUAAAUCUGCUAGAUUAGGGCUGAUAUGUAUUGGAAACAUAAAAAGAAAAUAAAUACAAAAACAACAACUCCAGUCUAGAAAGAACCGCCACAACAAUGACAACUGACAAGAUUGCUGACGGAACCGGAAGUGAAAUUUAUAAAUCAGCAACAAUUAACGUUGUGUCUUUGUUAUUUUUAAUUCAUCGCUUAUCGUAGAUACUUUGAUAUUCUUGAAUGUAGAUACUCCUAUACAAACUGAAACUCCUGGACAAACCUCAAAGUAACUUCUAGCUCAUGUUCUAUAUUUUUCAAGAUAAGGUUGGAAGAAAGGUGCAUUGCUCCAAUCACUACAAGAACAAGAUAAGAAUUCUCAACUCUCUGGCCCCAAAAGUUGUCAUUAUCUGUCCACUGGAUCAUUGCAGCUUCCCUCAAACAUGUUUAUCCUUUGAAAGAUACAGUACAGCUUGUAGUAUGCUGGUAAGAGCUAAGCAGUCUGAAAAGCACUUUAAAAUAAUUGCUUCCAUAUUAUUAAGAUCAAUCUAAAAUCUGGAGGCUGGGCCCAUCCUCUGAAACUUCAUCAUAUCCUUUUUUUUUUGUCUUUACUGCAUUUUGUUUUCAGGUUAUUUCCUCUCUUUUUCUUCUUUUCUUCAAUCAUUCUUUAACCAUGGAAAAUCAGCAGUUUUCUUAUGAGUUUUUGCAAAAGUUAUUAAAAUGUAAAGCGAAAAUGCUCUCUGGUGGGAAAAAAUUUACUUGUGAAACAUGCGGUAAAACAUUUCCUGAGAAUGUACAGCUUGUACGUCAUGUACGGAUUCAUACGGGAGAAAGACCAUAUAAAUGCGAACACUGUGACAAGACAUUCACUGAAAAGAUUAACUUGACCAGACAUAUUUUUACACAUACUGGAGAGAAGCCAUACAAUUGUGAGUAUUGCGGAAAGGCAUUUUCUCAACGUUUUACUCUAUCUAAGCACAUUCUUACACACACUGGAGAAAAACCAUACCACUGUGAAUAUUGUGGUAAAACAUUUUCUCAAAGUUCUACCUUGUCUAAACACAUCCUUACACACACAGGGGAGAAGCCUUAUCAUUGUGAAUACUGUGAAAAAUCAUUUUCGCAAAGUGGUCAUCUUUCCCAACACAGACUCACUCACUUAAAACCAAAAUCUUAUGACUGUGAACAUUGUGACAAAAAGUUCUCAAUGAAUUCCACUUUAGUAAUACACAGGCGUUUGCACACAGGAGAACGGCCUUAUAGUUGUGACUGUUGUGAGAAAAGCUUUAUGUCAAGCACUGCUCUCAAAAUACACCAGAAGAUCCACAAACCAAAGAAGCCUAUAGAGAGUGAACAUUGAUCCAUCUCAUUUGAUUGAAACAGUAACUUUUUGUUGCAUUGGUAAAUUCUAUUCGAGAUAAAAACACAUCUCAUUGUGAUUAUUAACUCCUGCCAUUUGUAUCAAACAAUCUUAUUAAGUAAGCAUCUGAAGGUAUUUUCUAAUGCUAUUAUGUCCAAUGUGAAAUAAAGGGGACCUAAAAAAAAACUGAGGAUAAAGACACAGCAUCUACUGGCCCUGGCAUCCAUUCUUUUGAAUUUGUUUUUUAACCCUACUGUGACCCAAUUUCUAAUGUAACACACAGACUGUGUUUUAGUUCACUUUAGUGAAAUAGGUAUUUCAUUUAUGAAAUAGUGUUUCGAAUGUAACUUAAAAUACUCUUACAUAAAUUCAAUAUAAUUUAAACAUCAAUGCUUUAAAACAGGAGGUUUUUGUUUGAUAAAGGCAAGUUGGUAUCAACAUUUUUUGAAGAAACAGAUAUGCUUAGAAUUUCCACUUGAAGAUGACUAUUCUGAGUUAAACUACAAUUGAGUCAAUCAACUUCCCUCCAUGUAUAAGAGUAAUUUUUGUUACCAUGUUUCUGUUGAAAUAUGCUAUCUUCAACAUCAAUGAAAAUAAUGAUGAAUUUCAGAAAUAACUUAGUUAUUUAUUAAGCUGGUGUUUGGAACACAAAUUAACAUGAAAUUUUAAUGGAAGGUUUUCAUUUUGAUCACUUUAAAACAGGAAGUUUGAGUCAUAGAACUAGGGAUAGUCUUGGGCGGAUUGAUAACAAAAUAGCACUUAAAUACUUCUAUCUUCAUCUCAUGUCAGUUAUAUGACACUGUCCUAUUGGGACUUAUAUGAGCCCUCAUAAUAAUAAUAAUAAUAAUAAUGGUUUAAAAUUUUGCUACAAGGGCAGCAAUUUUGAGGAGGGGAUAAGUUGAUUACAUCGACCUCAGUGUUUCAUUGGUACUUAAUUUAUUG